AUGACCUUGCUGGUACCAGCAAGGUCAGCGCCCUCAUACACGUGUGUCGCAUACGGUAUGAAUCUCGACAAUAAGCUUUCCAUCCGAUCAUCAUCAUCAUCAUCGCCUCAAGUUGCCCUCCGUCCACCAGUUGACCCCACCGUAGCAAAGCCUUCCGUUUCCGCCAUGAGCAUUGCGCUCCGCCGCACCACUCGCCUCCUCCCCCGCAUCCCCCUUUCCUGCGCCGCCCCUUCGAUCCACCACCGCAUCCUCUCCACAAAGCCGUCCCCCUCCGCGCACGCCCCCUCUCCCACGGCCCCCGCCAUCGUCCAAUACCUCGGCUACGGCGGCGCCAUCCCCUUCGUCGUCGGCGGCCUGGGCUCGCUGCUGCUCCCUAACGGCCACGUCCUCGCGCAAGCCACGCAGCUCUACGGCGCCGCCAUCCUCUCCUUUCUCGGCGGCGUGCACUGGGGGCUCGCCCUGCGCGCACCGUCAACGCUUGACUUCGCCUACUCGGUCACGCCCUCCUUGCUCGCCUGGGGCGCCUCCCUGGCCCCGCUGCCACAGGGGCUCGCCAUUCUUUCCGCGAGCUUCGUCGGCGCCUGGGCAUGGGAUGAGGUCCGCUUUCGCGGCGCUAGUCACGUCCCCCCGUGGUAUCGCACCCUCAGAAGACCGCUCACGGUCGCCGCCGCGGGCGGGUGCGCCCUCGCAUGGCGCGCCGUGAGGGGGACGAAGAAGGAAAACGGCCUCCCGAUUAAGGAAGCUGACACCCGUGUCUUGGCCACCGCGCCGCGGGAGGAAUGCACACGGAAGGCAACACCUUCAGGGAAUCGCAACGACAAAGUCGAUGGGCAUGUGGAAGACGUAACUAUGGUCCGCCAGAUUUGA